AUGAGCGAUUACAAGGGCCAUCUGUUCAACAAAGAGGCCAUACUCGAGUGGCUGCUCACGCCAGGAAGAGAGGACUACACCAAAGCCCAGAUCGCUAAGUUUUCUCACAUCAGGAGACUGGACGACGUCGUUGAACUGCAUGGCGUGAAAGAGCAUGCCAAUACGCUCAAGUGCGAAUACGGCGAUGUCGCACUUGGCGAAGCCUCCGCCAAACUCGUGUACCUGGUGCCCUGCGGCGACGUGCUGCCGCGCCAGGUGCUAUCAGAUGGUCGCUGCCCGCAGUGCGGAGCGUCCUACCAGGAGACAGACGUCAUCGCGAUCAAUUCCUCCUCUGCCAAGGUUAUCAAAUCGCUGAAAGACAGGAUGACCAGGCUGCAGCAAGAGAUGAGACACCACAACGGCAAACUGAGAAGGAAGCUCAAACCGAAGCCUGAGCGUAUGGAGGAGGCUCCGCCAAACAAGAUAAGAAAACUCUGA